GAAAAAAAGAAAAAUUAACCCUAAUACUCAGCCGCCCCCCCUCCCACGAAAUCUCUCUCUCGUCUCUUGUCAAUCUGCACCGCCGACUCUCUUUUGCCCUCCUUCGUCCGCCGCCGGUCAAUGACCAGAAACCCCAGACGUCGCCGCCGUGCGUCAGCGUUCGCUGCCGUCUCGAAUCAGGUCGCCGACGGUCAGUAGCCACGCCGUUGAGCUCGAGCCAGCCGCUGGUCUUCAUCAGUGCCGCCAGAUCCGCAGUCGCCGUCGAUCCAGCGCCGUCGCUGCCGCCACUGCCUUGGGUUUUCGCUGGAAUCUUGGAUUUGGGUAUGGAUUUGAUUAAUUCAGACUGAAGGGCUGAGGCGUGAUUGAUUGCUGUCCAGCAGGUUCGGGGUCGAGUUCGAUGAAACUUUGGUUGUGGUUUAGCGAGUUCUUGGUGGUUGUCCAGUAGAGUUGGAGGUUUUCCGGCAACUAAUAGUUUUUUGGAUCCCCAUCUUUGCACAUUGUCGGAUCAUUCUCCGCACCUCACUCUUCUUCGCCGGAGGUUGAUUUGAUAUUGCUUGCAUGUUGCUUUAUUGGAACCAGGGGUGGGGGGGUGAGAGAAAAGGGCUUAGAUAGGUGAAGAGAGAGAAUGGGGAGUCCUGGAUCUGGUGCGGUUGAUUAUGCUGUGGGAUCGAUCGUGUGGGUUCGAAGGAGGAAUGGUUCAUGGUGGCCCGGUAAAAUCUUGGGUUCUGAUGAGCUUUCAUCUUCGCACCUUACAUCACCUCGAUCUGGAACUCCAGUCAAGCUCCUUGGAAGAGAAGAUGCCAGUGUCUUGAAUAUUGAAGAAAGAUGGAAACUAUCCAAUGUGUCCAAUAACAAGGAUUGGUACAAUUUAGAGAAGUCCAAGCGAGUAAAACCAUUUCGAUGUGGUGAAUUUGAUGAUUGUAUUGAAAGGGCAGAGUCCUCGCAAGGCAUGCCAAUAAAGAAGAGGGAGAAAUAUGCACGUAGGGAGGAUGCUAUUCUUCAUGCUCUUGAACUUGAGAAGGAACUACUGAAUAAGCAAGGAAAACUUAAUUUAUAUUUUGAUCAAACGAUUAUUGGAUCACCUGGUGCCACUGCAAAAAAGGGAAUAAUUUCUUCGGAUCAUAUAGGAACUGGUGAUAUCAACGAUGGGCAUUCUGAAUCACUCCAAUUUUCAAAGAUAAUUGAUGUAAAUUAUGACAAUGAAAUUGAUCCAUGUCUUAAAGCAAAUGAAGGAGCCCAACGGAGUGGUGAGGAUGACCAUUCUGAAGCAAGACCGAGAAUGAGAGGCUUGCAGGACUUCGGGCUCAGAAUUACUUCUUCCAAAAGAAAGGUUCUAUCUUCUUCUGUUGUCUCAAAUGGUUUUGAAAUGCUUGCAACUGAUACCAGUGUUCUGGCUCCUCCUGUUGGUGUUUGUAACAUCGGAAAUGAUAGUGGUGAUGCAAAUGGGAUGCAGCAAAUUGAUCUUGCAAAGAGGAGCAAGUGUAUGUAUCUUCCAGCUGAUUCUAGUGAUUCAUUGGAAUGCAGAGAAUCUUCUCUAGGUCAGGUUGAGGUGUCAACACCCCAUUUAGGAUCUGGAGUUAUGCCUUCUCGGCCUGAUUCCCUAGUUGAAGAGAAUGCUUCUGGUUCAUCUGAAAAUGAUUCUUCUGGCUCAGAAACUGAUUCUGAUUCUUCCAGGUCAGAUCAGGACAUGGAUAAUGACAUGGCUGCACUUUCAGGUUAUUACUUAUAUAGAUAUUCUACUUUGCCUUCAGAAAAGGAGCCGAAUACAUUUGAAAAAACGGACACACAAGAGCAUGGAAAUGUGAGCAGCGAGGAGCAUGAUGAUUCUGUGCAUUCUGGUGAUAUGUCUCACCUUUAUCAUCACGACCCUGUAUCUACUAACGAAGCAGUGUCUAAGUGGCAACUGAAGGGAAAAAGGAAUGUUCGUAAUUUUUCUAAAAAACUCGGUGGAGUUGAUGAACCAUCAAGCCACCUAUGGGUACAUGGGCAAACAACAUUCAGUAACAGGAAUGAUUAUUUUGAUGACAGCAUAGAGGGAGUUGAUGCAUUGGAAGAGGAAUAUUAUUUGACGUCUAAAAUGGUAUCAAAAGAUCAAUAUUUUGUCAGAAAUUAUAUGCAUGAUUGGGAAGGUCAGCCUGCUUUGAAAGGAUAUUGGGAUGUCAAAAAUCCCUUAUAUGGUCUACAUCAUCAUUUUGGUGGGAUGCCAAGGACUAUAUUAAUAGAUGUUGAUGUGAAGGUCCAUGCAAGUUACCAGAAAGAGCCUGUUCCUAUCGUAUCACUUAUGAGCAAGUUAAAUGGUCAAGCUAUAAUUGGACAUCCAAUUCAAAUUGAAACUCUAGAAGAUGGUUUUUCUGAAACCAUUCUUUCUGAUAGUCUAGGUAAUGCACUCAGUGAAAAUGAUGGAAACACAGCAUUCCAACCAUCUUGGAGGACUGCAAGGAGGACGGCAAAUGUUCGAAUCCCUCGCCCUCAUUUACCAACAGUACUGGAUGGUGAAGAAGCUGGCUAUGAUUCACCUUUUGGUGAUCAAGAAAGGAAAUCAAGAUUCAAAAGAGUUAAAACUGGGGUCUACCGUCAGAAAGCAGGCCAGGGUAGGGAACAGCCUCACAUUCCUCGGGGACCUUCAAAUGAUAGAAGGCUCCCAAAAAAGAUGGCUAAGAAAGUAAGCUUAUCUUCUAUCCAGAAGACUAGAACUUUGUCUUCAAUAGCUGUUGAGCAGAAUUUUAGUAACAUGCCAAUACAUGAUAGUGUAACUUGUCAAAUUAAUGGAUCUAUCAAACCAGAAUCUUCUGGCCCCCCAACUGUAGCAUGCAUACCAGUAAAAUUAGUAUUCAGUAGAUUAUUAGAGAAGAUCAAUAGGCCACCCUCAAAAGCUACUAAUAAUAUGGUAUUGUUAAAUAAUAAUUCUAAUAGAGAUCCUUGACAAGUUAUGUGUAUACUGUUGACAACCCGAAAUAAAUGUAUAUCCUCGGUGCCAAUCGAUUUCGAUAUCCCCUGGCUACACCUGAACCUAUUUUGCCAACCUGAUUCUUUUGAUAAAUCAAGUCACUGAGGAUGCUUUAGUUGUAAUAAGUAAUUAGGACCGUAUUCUUUGACCGUAUUCUUUAAGGUAGGUUAUUGUGGAAUUUAUAGAGUAUAUUUUGGUUCAAUACAAGAUAGUUACUUUGAUCUGUUUUAGUCUGAUAGAAUUACAGAACUUGGAAAGUUAUAAGAAAUCUGGAGACCGAAUAACUGUAAAUCUUAUAUAGUUAUUUAAGGGUGGAAAGUCUUCAGUUGCGAGGGGAAAUUUAUUUGUAAAUAACUCUGGUCCCUGUACCAUUUGCAAUGAUGAUUACUCUACGGGCAUGUUUUCAGUU